GUGUGUGGUGAUAGUUGAAGGGCAUUGAUGUCCCACUAUGAGUCUCUUGUAUCAAAGACCACUCUCACCUUCAUUCAUGUAUUUUUCUCUCCAUACAUUAUAGUAUUAAUCAUAUCUUUUCUUCUCAACUCCGACAUACCCUUUAGGCCGGAGAUGGGCGAUAGCAAUUGGGUGUUGGAUUAUGGUGAUCUUGAUGACAUUCCCCUCCCUACCCUUCACCCACCAAAUUUCACUUGGUCCUCCUCUCCUCCUCACACCCUCAGUGUGGAGCUAGAUGAGUCAUUUAGAAAUUUGGAUGGUUUCAAGGAAACUGGGUCAAGAAAACGUUUGAGUUCAGGAUGGUGCAAUCCAUCUGCUUCCAAAGCAUGCAGAGAGAAAAUGCGAAGGGAUCGACUGAACGACAGGUUUUUGGAAUUGGGCUCUAUUUUGGACCCUGCGAGGCCUCUGAAAAUGGACAAGGCUGUUAUAUUAAGUGAUGCUGUUCGAAUGGUGUUUCAGUUACGAGAGGAAGCUCAGAAGCUUAGAGACUCUACCCACAAUCUACAGGACAAAAUCAACCAAUUGAAGGCUGAGAAAAAUGAGCUUCGUGAUGAGAAGCAGCGACUAAAAGCAGAGAAAGAGAGCAUUGAGCAGAAGCUUAAAGCAUUGAGUUCACAACCUAGCCUUUUGCCUGCGUUUCCUGCACAAGGACAAGCUGUUGGCAGCAAGGUGGUGCCAUUCAUGGGCUACCCAGGAGUUGCCAUGUGGCAGUUUUUACAACCUGCUGCUGUUGAUACCUCACAGGACCAUCUACUUAGGCCCCCAGUUGCAUAACUUGCCAAAGAAAUGGUCUUUUUAUUCUACAAAAUGUUAACAUUGGUCCUUAAAAUUGAUUUUAAACAAUUAAAAUAUAAAAUUAUAAUACCUUUUUAAUAAAAAUUUAUUACUUUUAAGUGCUUAAAAUUUAUUUUAAGGACUGAUGUAUUUCAAAAUAUGUGAUAUCGCUUGUGCAUCUGAGAAAUGUAGGGAAAAAACAGAGUUCUAAGAGGUCCUACUCACUGUAGAGGCAACUUUUUGGUAGCUACUUUACUUCAUGUUAUAUGUUCAGCCAAAUUGAGUUUGUUUUUUAUUUUAUAAUUUGGUAAAAAAUGCUGUUGAACGUCACAUACUUUUCUGGGAUUCUUGCAUUUGGAUGUUGGUUAUUUGAUGACCUCUCCAACUUGCUUAUUAGUUCUUUUGGAAAGAAUAUACAAUUUUAUUUUGGUCAGAAAAAAUAUGCAACAA